CCCCGCGAGUAGCUCAACUGGUAACCCAUUCCAAUACCUACAGUAGCAGAAGCAUCGUUCAUCGGUGCGCGCAGUUCGUCCGCGCGAAAGCCGCUCGACGAAGACGCAUAUAGAGGAGAGCAGAUCGAGCAGCGAGUGGUCGCGAAAGAGACCGCGGCCGCCGCAGUCAAGAUCGAGAGUCGUCGUGGUCGUCAUCGUCGUCGUCGUCGUCGUCGUCGUCGUCCGGACUGCUGUACUCUGGCGCCGCUGCUGCAUACGUGGCAAGGCUCUCGUCCAAUCGUAACCUCCGUGACUCGAAUAUAGGCGUGGCUUGGAAACUCUACUACCACAAGCAACACAUCGGUACGUCGUCGUCGUCUCGCCUCUCUCGCGAGUCUCUCUAUCACACUUGUGCCGUGUUCUAUACUCUCGCUCGCUCUCUCUCUCUCUCCCGCAGUCCGCGGAGCCGCCAUAAUAAUUUUCUCUCUUCGCGCCGCGCGGACAUUAUCUGUAAAGAAUAUAUAAGUAUAUCAAGAGAAGAGACAGACUCUCUCUCUCUCUCGCGUAGCUCGCGGCCCUCAAAAGUCCUUACAGUAAUAUAGUUGUGCCUGCGGCCGACGCAAGACAGUAGACGGCAAAAUUUCAGCCAACCAUCGACAAGAUGUGCAGUUAAUUGCUUCUCUUCUGACACAUAUUCCUUAAAGCAUUGAGAGAUAUUUUGACUUUGACCAGUUCAUGCGACAUUGUAAACUGUGAAUGUGUUUGACUUGUGCAGAAGAACAGCGAAGAUGGAUGUCCAGACAGGAUUGGUGUAUGUGGCAGUUGUUCUCGUCUCUGCCUUAGUCAUUGGAUUUGUCUCGGUCUUUGCCAUGAAAGAGAAAUCCUAUGAGGAGGCCAUCGCCGAACAGCGAAAGCUACCCGAUGAUCUUCUACUAGGGAAGAAAGAAAAGAUUAAAGAGAAAAAGCAUAAGAAUAAAACCGGCAAAAAGGUGAAGGAAAAGAAGGAGGAGAAAGAGGAGAAGGAAGAAAAGCCUGAACACGUGCAAUUCGAGGAAACACCUCAGAUCUUACCACCGGAGCCUCCCGUACAAGAGAGUGGCAAGGGCAGUAAGAAGAAGGGAAAAAUCGAAAAAGUAAAGCCGAUCCUUGUGAAUAAGGAUGAGCCGGUGGUUGUCGUCACCGAGCCUAGCCCUUCGCAACCUGUCCUCGCGCAGGAAGGCAAUCACUUUGACAUCACUCACCCAAAGGACGAUCUCGAGCUUAUCAGAAGUCACAGCCGUGAGAAUUUGAGCCAAAUCGGACAGUCGGAGCCGCCAGGCCUCGUCAACAAGUCGCCGAAGGAAACUCCGACCAGGAGCAAGAAAAAUGCCAAGGAGAAAGACUCCAAGAAGAAGGACGAUCACAAGGAGGAGAAGAAGGAGGUCCCGACCACCAGCAACCAGCCGUCUGCCAGCGCCAAAGAUCAGGUGAAGGAGAAGCCAAAGGAGACGAUCAAGGAAGUCAAGGAGCCGAAGGAGCCCGUCAAAGAGAACGUCACGCCUCUUCAGUCCUCCAACAAGGAGUCGAAGAAGAUCAGGAAGAAGAACGACAUCCUCGCCCAGAUCGGAGGUGACAGGGACGGCGUAAACUUCUCCCUGCUGAAGCCGCUCGUGCAGAAGGCCGAGCUGAGCCGUAGCGAGAUCCAGAUCCUGAUCGACCAGCUGCUGAACAAGCAACAAGACAACCCACUGGAGCACGCCGAGUGGACCGAGAGCCGCGCCGACCCGGUCAUCAAGUUGAAGAAACAGCUCGCCGACAAGGAGAAAGCUCUCAAGGAUGAGCAGGAGGCCAGUGUCUCGGUACAGAGCAAGCUCCUGGAGCUGCGCGCCGAACUCAACGGCGAGCGCUCCAGAUUCACGGCCAACGUUCGUCAACUCGAGGAGGCGCUCAACGCCAAGGUGAGCGAAGCCCAGACGCUGCACACUCGUAUGCAGCACAUCCUCGAGAGCCACGCGGCCGAGAAGCUUGGCUUCACCCGCAAGAUCGAGACUCUCGAGAGCAAGGAAAAAGAGGAUGCGGCCAUUAUUCUCAAGCUGAAAGAGGACCAAGGCAACUCUCAGGGACACCUGCAGCAGGAGCUCCACAACCAGCGCAAGCAGAUGGACAUACAGUUUGCGCAGAUGCGCGACAGCGAGAACGCCCUCAAAGCACAGCUCGCCCAGAAACACGCCGAGCUCCAGGAACUGCAGAACGUCAACAUUACCAUUUCGCAGGAACUGCAAGCUACCUGCGACAGUAGCACCCACGAGAUCGAGAUGCUCAGACAACAGCUGAGCAUGAUGCAGGAACAGGUCAUGCAUUCCGAUGCACAGAUACAGAUCUACAAGGAGACUAGCGACAGGCUUCAAGAUGCACACCGUCAGCUGGAGGAAUCGCGACGAGUUCAGAGUGAGAUGGACCACAGAAUCAAGAGCAUGCACCGCCACGAGCAGGAACUACAGAAACAAAUCACCUGGUUCCAAACUGAGCUCGACGCUGCUAAAGCUGAAAGCAGCGAGACUAAUGCUGCGUUAGAAAAAGCGCGCGCUGAUUUAGCUAAGGCACACGCCGACGACAGCGUCACUGUGACCGACAACGGCAACAGCAGCGAAACUUCCGAGAUCGCGGCUAAACUCAAGGCGAAGGAAAUUGAAUUGCAAAAGACUCUGUCCGAGGCUAGCAAGGCUCAAGCGGAAUUGAAGAAGACUCAGGGUGAUAUUAAGAAAUUGGAAAGCGACCUGAUGGAAGCCCGAAAUGAAUUGAAAGUAACCAAGUCUGAACUGGGCAGAGCACAGGACAAUUACAAAUUAGCGCAGAACGAUUUGAUCAAGUGUCAGGAAGAACUACGGGAAAUCCAACACGUCUUAGCACAAACUCGAGCUGAAUUCUCCAAAAUUAACAGCUUCACGAGCUCCGCUAAAGACAACAAACACGGCGAGGCUGAGCUGAAGAUUGUGAGAUUGCAAGAAGAGAACGACAGGCUCUCAGCACAAUUAGGAGGAAUGGGAGAACUGCAGAAGGAAAUCAAACAACUUCGUGAAAAGAACGAAUCAUUGUCAUCUCAGUUGGCAGCAUCUACAGAGCGCCCUGCUGUAGAAGGUCGAGAGAACGGAAUCGAAGAAAAAGCUCAAAAAAACAGCAUUCAGACGGUCGAAAAUACAAACUUAUUAGCGCAAAAGGAAGAUCAGCUCGCCGCAUUAAGAACAGCUCUUUCACAGAAGGAAAAAGAACUUGAUCAACUGGGUACUCAAGUGGAGUCUUUGAGGAGCGAGGUUAACGACCAGCGCAGUGUUACUUCUAGACUGCAAGAUGAUUUGGAGCAACAGAGAUCAAAAAAUAAUGACGAUGUGCAGAAACUUAAAGAAAUUAAAGUUGAGGAACAGGAAGCAACCAAAGCUCUGCUUCAAAGGAUAUUCCCAGAGAUUAAAGUAUCAGAAAAGUCCCAUGACCAGUGGAUGAAAGCCUUUGAGGAGCAAGUAUACACAGCUCUUGACAAAUUAAAAACUGACACUUAUUCGGAAAGCGCGAGUGCAGAGCUCGAAAAGACUAACAAAAACUUGCAGGCUAUGGUGAAUCAUUACAAACAAAUCAUAUAUGAUACGGAGGGAAUGCUGAAUAAACUUCAGAGUCACAUAGAAUCCGAGGAAAAACGGUGGCAGGCACAACUUCGACAAAAGGAGAAUGAAGUUUCUAAUCUUAGGGUAGAAAUUCACGAUCUCCAGGAUAAAACAAUAUCGGAUAAUAACGAGCUGCAACAAAAGAUAGCAGACUUGGAAUCAAGGGUAUCAGAAGCGGAGUCUUUAAAAGCAAAAACAAAAACUGAAUCGGCACACACACAAAAUCGGGUGCCAGACUUAGCGGUUCUGGAACAACUUCAAGAGGAGAAGGCGCGAUUAACACAGCAAUUGCAGAAUGAAAGUAGUAAACGAGCAACAUUAGAUGCAGAAGUAGCAAAACUGCUUUUGCUUGUAGAAACAACUGAAUCCAACUUAUCACAGGAAAAGAAACUCGUUUCACAAUUACAACAGGAAGUGUCUCAACUCAAGAGUGAAGUUUGUGGUGGCAGUAGUAGUUCAGAUCAAAUGACAUUAAAUGGUCCUCCUGUGACUGAUUCCCCACAAUCCGAGGGUGGUUCCGGAAAAAAGUAACUUCAAGGAAUAAACUCCGUUAAUCAAGUCCGAAGAAAAAUGCUUUAUAAAGGAGAGACGAAGAUAAAUGUGUCAAAUGCAUGCGCGGUCAUGCUGGGAUAACACAAACAGCAGAGACUUUGCUACCGAGAAGACUAAUAUAAUUGAAAUACUACGGAUAAUGUUUAUUAUACAAAUAUCAUAUUUUAUUAUGUGGAUGAAAUAUAAACAAUUAAACACGUAGUUAGUAAAAAUGAUUGGAGGAAUAUUGAAAAUGGUGUGUGUAAUGGUUACAUUAAUAGAUGUAAAUGACGAUUCAUGCAAAAUGUAAACCGAAUAUGUUAUGUGUCAAAGGGCAGUAUGCAUUUUUCAAGAAGAGAUUAUUUUUUUGUUAUAUAGAAAUCAAACGGUCUAAAGAAUAUAGCUGAUACAUACGAGCUGUAUAAAUAUAUUAUAUAUAUAUAUCUUGAUAAUUCGCAAUCAAUUUCAACGAAAUGCACCAUGAUAAAAUGUCCUUUUUAUGAAGGAUAAGAUAUGAAGUAAGUGAGCGAAACGGUGAUUUUUUUAACGAGCAACCGAUUGUUCGUCAUAGGCGAUUUUAAUUAAAUUGAAAUAUAAAAAUAUUAAAAAUUGUAUCAUACAUAAAUCCACAAGUGAGCUGUGUCUCGGGCAGUAAAAUCAAUUUGUAUGCGAAAUGAAAAAUUUAAAAGAAGCAUGUGCAAUAAUAAAUGAAAAGAAGGUUUGUUAUCUUCUUGAAAUACACGACAAAUUUUAGUAGACUUUUUAACAAAAUAAAGAUGAUUCAUUAUUAAUUAA